UGUCAGAGGGAGAGAAAGAGGGGAAGAGGAGGAGGGAAAGAGGGAGGAGGAGGAGGAGGAGGCCACGGCGGCGAAGGCAGAGGAAGAGCCGAGCAGAGCUGCUGGGCUCUAGCCCCACCAGAGCACGCCUGGCCAGCCCUGGCAGCCCACUUCCCCGCCGGAGUUGGUGGCUACUAAAGGAUACCAUCUUGGCGCCCACCCCCAGUCGCCCCGCUCUCCACUGAGGCGCUGCUGCUGCUGCUGUUUCCUCCUCCUCCUUCAGACAGAGAGACUAGAGCCUCCUUCAUUUCUUCUUUUCACCCCCUUCUUCUACUUCUUGUGAUUUUCACCCCGCUCCGAAUUUUUUUCCUCCCCCAACUUUUUUCCUUCUUCUUCUUUUUGGCGGGAGAGGAGCCGAAAAGGACCUUUCUGAUAUUUGUGUGUGUUUGUGUGACACACACACACACAGAGAGACUUCUUGGGCUUGUUCCCCAAUUAUGUGAGGGGAGACCAAAAAAGAAGCAGAAGCAGAAGGACUUGAAAGUGGAGGGAAGAAGGAACCGAGCCGCCUGCCUCCUCCUGCUGCUCUCCUCCAAGAGGUUGCCAAAGGACUCUGGUUUCCUCAGGACCCCAACGCUUCAGCCCGGCGGCGGCGGCGGCAACUUUGAGCGAUGCUGCCUCCUCAGCCGCCGCUUCGCCUCCUCGCUUCCUCCGGCUGCUGCUCUUGCUCUCGUCGUCCUCGUCGUCGUUGUUGUUGUUGUUGUUGCCGCUUUGGCCAGCGUCGCCAGAAGUUUUCUUAGGACAUAAACAAAACUUGGGCGCUGAAGCAAAGGAGAGGGGGAGGGGAAGGAGGGGAGGGGAGGGGAGGAAGCCAGCUCUAGGAACGAAAGAAAGCAAAGAGAGAGGCGGAAAGAGAGAGGAAGAGGCGCUGGGUGCGAGUCUUUCUCUGUGUGUGCGUUGUGUGUGAGGGGCGGCAGCAAAGGAGCCCACACGCACCUCCUUCACGCCAUACAAAGACUUGCAGGCGGGAGAAGGAGGGGGACAAAGUUUCUCUCUCUGGCGGAAAGGAAGGAAGGAAGGAAAGAAGAGAAAAGAAAGGGGGGUGGGAGGAAGAGAAAAGUAACCCACCGAGAGCCAGAGCUCCGAAACGGAGGGAGAAAGAGGCUCCUCCUGAGGAAGCUAAGGGGAAAGAAGCCCAAAGGGGAGUCGCGGCUGGGUGACCUCCCUCCCGCUUCCUUUCCCGCUCUUUUCCCCGCUCCCUCCCCUAUCUAUAGCUGACUAUUCUUUGCAGCCUCUACAGACACACACACACACCUAGACCUAGAGAGAAGUAGAUAUCAUUAUUAUUAUUAUCAUCAUCAUCAUUCUCCCCAGUAAUGCUGGUGCUGCUAACCCCUAACAGGUGAAUUGCUCUAAGAACCGGCCUGAAGGGGGAGGAAGAAGGAGAAGAAGGAAGCAAAGAGGAGAAGCGCAGGGGCUGCUGUGUGUCUUUGGUUUUCCUAGUCUCCCCCCCCCCCCCCCCUCUAAUUUUUGGUCCUCCUAUUUUUAAUCUGUUUUCCCUCCCGCCUCUUCUUCUCUCCCUCGCCGCUCGCCCUUGCUUUCGGGGGCUCCCCUCCGGGGGAGAGCCUUGGGCCCGGGAGGGGGCUCGCUUUCCCGCAGGCGCGGGGGAGAGCUCGCCGCCGGCCGGCCGAGGCUGGCUGGCGGGCGGGCAGGCGGGCGAGGAUUCUCCUCACACACUACUGGGCGGCGGAGGCUGGAGUGCGCGGCGGAGGAGGCGGCGGAGGCGGAGGCGGAGGCGGUGGAGGGCCCGGAGGCAGGCCGGCGGCGGCGGUGGCCACCACGGCGGCGACCAUGGCCACAGCGGCCUCCAACCCUUACCUGGCCAGCAACAGCAUCCUCUCGGCGGGCUCCAUCGUCCACUCCGACGCCGGCAUGCAGCCGGGCAGCGUGUCUGUCACCUCGGUCUCCGGAGGAGGAGGCGGAGGAAGCAGCGGAGGAGGCGGAGGAGGCGGAAACUACCGGGGCGACCCUUCUUCGGUGAAGAUGGUCCAGAGUGACUUCAUGCAGGGGGCCAUGGCGGCCAGCAACGGAGGCCACAUGCUCAGCCAUGCCCACCAGUGGGUCACCGCUUUGCCCCACGCUGCAGCCGCCGCAGCCGCAGCUGCCGCCGCCGCAGUGGAAGCCGGCUCGCCUUGGUCCACCAGCCCCGUCGGCAUGACCGGCAGCCCCCAGCAGCAGCAGCAGCAACAACAACAGCAGCAGCAGCAGCAGCAGCAGCAGGCCGAUGUGAAGGGAGGCGGCGGGAGGGAGGACCUGCACUCGGGGGCCGCUCUGCACCACCGUCCGCCUCCGCCGCCUCACCUGGGCCCCCCGCACCAGGGACACUGGGGGGCCACCGCGGCGGCCCACUUGCCCUCCAUGGCCAGCCAGCAGCAGCAGCAGUCGCUCAUCUACUCCCAGCCGGGGGGCUUCACGGUCAACGGGAUGCUGAGCCCUCCGCCGGGCAGCCAGAGCCUGGUCCACCCGGGUUUGGUGAGAGGCGACACGCCGGAGCUGGGCGAGCACCCGGGCCACCACCACCACCACCAUCACCACCCGCACCAGCAUCCCCACCACGGCGGAGGAGGAGGAGGCGGCGGCGGAGGAGGAGGAGGGGGCCUGAACAGCCACGACCCCCACUCGGACGAGGACACGCCGACCUCCGACGACCUGGAGCAGUUCGCCAAGCAGUUCAAGCAGCGCCGGAUCAAGCUGGGCUUCACGCAGGCCGACGUGGGGCUGGCGCUGGGCACUUUGUACGGCAACGUCUUCUCGCAGACCACCAUCUGCCGCUUCGAGGCUCUGCAGCUGAGCUUCAAGAACAUGUGCAAGCUGAAGCCCUUGUUGAACAAGUGGCUGGAGGAGGCCGACUCCUCGACGGGGAGCCCCACCAGCAUCGACAAGAUCGCGGCCCAGGGGCGCAAGCGGAAGAAGCGGACCUCCAUCGAGGUGAGUGUCAAGGGGGCCUUGGAGAGCCACUUUCUGAAAUGCCCCAAGCCCUCCGCCCAGGAGAUUACGAACCUAGCGGACAGCCUGCAGCUGGAGAAGGAGGUGGUCAGGGUUUGGUUUUGCAACCGGAGGCAGAAAGAGAAGCGCAUGACCCCGCCGGGGAUCCAGCAGCAGACACCCGACGACGUCUACUCCCAGGUCGGCAACGUCAACGCCGACACGCCGCCCCCGCACCACGGACUCCAGGGCAGCGUGCAGUGAAGGGACCCGGCCGCGGGCAGAUAGGCAGCCGCCGGCCCCGAAGGGAUGGGGGUCGGGAGAGAAGAAGGGAGCCGAGGAGGAGGAGGAGGAGGAGGAGGAGGACAGAGAGAGAAAGAGGGAAAGCGGGGGCUGGGCAGUCAAGGUUGGGGGGUGGGAAGGAGGGAGAAGAAGGAGAGCCAACACAACCCACACAACCCACUCCUCUGCUCCUUGACUCUCUCAUGCCUACCUUUAAACUCACACAAGAUCGCACCCACAUCUCUGGGAGCCUUGCCCAGUCCAGGGACAUGGCUCCUGCCUUACAGAGAAGGAGAGCGGGGUUGAAACCCCAAAUGCACACACACACACAUUAGGGAUAUCCCCUCUUGUGACAACAGGACAAAAGUGAUGGUAGUGGUUGCUGUUGUCUCACCCCCUAAGGUUUCUGCUUCUCUCUCUAUCUUUCUCUCCCGCUCUCUCUCUCUCUCUCUCUCUUUCUGCCUCCUUGCUCCGUUUGUCCAACGCGAGCCUCAAACCCAGCCAUCAGCUGUUUUUAAAGGAUUGCCCUAGAAAAUCCCUAGGAAACAUAUUUGCUAUUAACUCAGUUUCCACACACAAGCACCGACACACUUGUCCCCCCCGCCCACACACACACACACACACACACACACACAUAGAGACAUACACCAAAUCACCACUUUUAAUCCACGCCCUCCUUUCCCGGACUUAAUAGUUGUUGGGUUUUGUUUUUCUUGGCCAAACUGCAUUGUUUUGUGAGACUCUACUUUUGUGGGAUGGGAAGGAAAGGAGCAGUGUUCUGCCAAAUGGAAGGGUCUCGGCUUUCUCAAUUUAUGGGGGAAUAAGGCAGGCAGCACUAAGAAGAAAAUAAAGAAGGGGAGGAGGCAAGCAGCCCUGUUAGAAAAGCAACUUCGUGAUAAAUCGGGAGAAAGGGAGAGCGGAGGGAGGAGGAGGAAGAAAGAGUGAAAAAGAAAGGGAGGGAGGGAGGAAAAGAAAAACCCGCAAAUGGAAAGCUGACCCUGAAAAAAGAAAAAAAUGAGGGAGGGAAGGGAGGGGGUUGCUGAUCUUUAAACUUGGAUUUUACGUGAAUUAAGGGAAACAGCGAUAUAAAGGGAAUAAUUCAGGGCUGUCAGAGUUCUGCUCCUGAAGGCUGCCAAUCAUCCUGGAUUUUUUUUUUAAAAGAAAAGGAAGUUCACUGCUAAUAUUUUUUUUAAUUCAUAUUUUUUAUUUUUUAUUUCUGGACUAUUAACUGAGAGAAAAGGGAUUUUAAAAAGGACUGGGCAUCUUCAGCUGCACUUAUCUGAACUCCUCUCCUAAAUCCGUGGCCAACUUGAUUGAAAGGGUGCUGUGGAGGUGAUUCUAUAAUACUGCCAUUUCCUCGCAGUGUUUUUGGUAGGUUUUAAUAAACAGAACUUUUCAACAAACAAAAACAAAAACAAAAAAAGAAAAAAAAGACGGCAAUAGAGAAAUGUUUUAGAUCCGUUGUUGAUCUAAAAAAAAAUUUGCUUUAUAUUUUCAUUAAAUGACUUCUUUUAAUAUUUUAUUCAGAAUACCUAUGAACUGCUGCAAAAACGGUAAUUUAUUUUUCCCCAGAUCUUGUAUUACGUGUUUUUUUCAGACGAGCACAAAUUUUAAAAAUGAAAUGGAAAAAAAAAAUAAUACGGACAGCUAUUAGGUAAUAAGGGUAUCUUUUGAUGUGAUAAUUUGAUUGUAAUUUAAUUUGAGUAGUGAUUCCGUAAGAGCUGAUUGAGACAAAAAAAUAAAUUUGUUAGAAUGAAA